CAAAUUUUGCGGUGAGCAUUCGAAUGUUCCAUCCAGUGUUCAGUGUUGCUAUAUUACCGCUCCUAGCGUAUAAAAAAUAAAGAAGAAAACAAUGAAGACAAACGAAGGCCUGGCAAAUGAGGGGGAUUGAAGGGUUACCGGAUGGUGGUGAUAAGACUGAGUAAGAUAAGAGAAAAAAAAAGUAUCUGAGAAAUAGAAAAACACUCAAACAAGUAUUGGGCAAAAAGGUCUUGAAUUUUUAGAAAAUUGGUCGCACGUAUAACAGAAAUUAUGUUAAUACGAUUAGGUCUGCAAUGUUCCUUCAUGUCUGUGAAGCUCAUGAGAUUCUAUCCGGAUGCGUUUUCAUUGUAUGAAGAUAUUUAAUUUCUACUAAUACAUCUGUCACUGAGCAGUGGUUUCAUCCAAAAACAAUUUUAUAUCACAUAGUGUAGCAAAGAAACCUCAGUUUUGAGAAGGUAGUGUGUAUCCAAUCAUGGGUGAUAAGAAAGCAGAAUCACAUAUGUACGAUGAUUUGAUUGAAAACUGUGAAGAUUUAUUGAAACAAAAUGCCACCAAUUACCAAAGUUAUUUAGAACUUGAAGAAUUACUCCGGCUACAAUUCGCUGGAAUGAAUCAUGAUUAUAAACGUUUGAGAAAUUGGAUGGAAUCAGCUCACGAAGAUUUCCUUGUCAUGAAACACAGCGAUUUCACUCGGUUAUAUGAAGUAUUAGUGAAGCAUAACCUCGUCAAAGAAUUUGUCCAUUUCGGUAAAAAAAAAGAAAUGCUGCAAUUACAAUUUAUCGAGAUAAUGAACGAAUGUGUAAAUUUAAAAGACGAUCUAAAUACAGCCAAUAAGAGCGUCAUAUCCUUGAAAAGAGAAUAUAGUGAUUUAACCGGACUUAAUGACGCAGUAUUGGAGAACAUAUUAGCUAAGGAAUCUUUCAAUUUAGCAAGAAGCUUAGAAAUUCUGCGAAUGAAUUUUAUCGAAAUCAUAGAAAACAGCGAAAAUUCACAAGUUAUUCUCGAAACAGCUUGCAUCGGCUUGGCGAAGUUGAAGUUGGAGCUCGAUCUUUUAAAGCAACAUUACGAAGCAUUAUCAGGGAAUGAGAUGGUCAAAGGAUUCAUCGAUUACGCUAAAUUUCAAGAAAACCUCCAGAUAGAGAUCGCUAAACAAGUCAAAGAUCAAAAAGAAACCUUAGACCGACUCAAUCAAAACCUCGCAUCUUUAAAAUCACAACUAGCAGAAACAAAUGAAAUGUUGAAAACCCAACAACAACGAUAUCAACGAAUUGAAAGUGAACGCGAUUUGUUAGAUAAAUCUUCAGAAGAAUUAUGUCAUUUGUUAUUGAAAUAUCAGCGACGUAGACUAAACGAACAGAAAAAUAGAGAACUUUCGACGAAUAAUGAAACGCGAGAGAAUUCUGCGAUAAACGAUAAUUCGUCGCUCGAUGAUCGUCGCGACGAAUCUGAAUCUCAACUUCGUGGUUCUGAUCUCAGCAGUCAUCAGCCAAUCAUCAUUGAUGACGAAGACUUGAAUGUAUCGCCAAAUGCCGUCGUUGUAGCUCCUGUAAACGGAUUAGUUGAUUCAUCAAACACUCAUUUGAUAAAACCGGUAACGUCAUUAUUGGAAAACUAUAUUCGUGCAGAAACUACUCCUCGUUUUUAUUGCGCACAUUGCGAUAGACGAUUUUCCAAUAAGGAUGAUCUCACCGGCCACAUUCAACGACGACAUUUACAUGAAUUAAGUAAACGAUUCAAAUGUAGCACUUGCAAUAAAUCGUAUUCUAUCGAGCGUCAAUUGGAACAGACCAAAUCCGUCAAGUAUCAGCACCAAAAAAAUGGAAAUUUACAUCGCAGUAUUAGCAACCGAACCAACUCCAAAGAAAACAUUCCGAAAUCCUACAAAUGUACUGAAUUAAAAUGUGACAAAACGUUCGCCCACAGAAAUGAUCUGAAGGAACACGAAUUGACGCACUCUUCGAGAAACCCGUUCAAAUGUUCAUUUUGCAGCAACAGUUUCAAGCAUAGAUUUGCUAGAAGAUUACACGCUCAGAAAUAUCACGAAAAAUAUGCUCGUGCUCAAUGCGCGCACUGUGAUAAACAAUUAUACAGCAAACAAAGCAUUUUCGUACACUUACAAAAGUGUCAUCCAUCGACACUGAAGAAACAGAUAUUUGAAUGUUCCUUCUGCAGCAAAUCGUUCUCCUCGAAAAUUCAUCUAAAAGAACACGAAUCGAUAUGUUGCUCGAAAACGAAAAAGGGAAAAGAAAAUAGAUCGGCCGUCGUUGUUUUGAAUAAAUUCGAAGUUUCAAAUUUACGUUGCGGAAUCUGCAAUCGAUUGUUUUCGUGCCCGAACACUUUGAAUGAUCACAAACGCGUCGAACACAAUAAACUGGAGCCACGUAACGAAUCAUCCCGCUCGCCAGUUGAUUUGAACAGUUCGGAAUUCCGUUUAAAAUGCUCUUAUUGUACUAAAUGUUUCGCGCGCUCUGAUACUAAGAGGAAACACGAGCGAAAAUUUCAUCGAGAUCUAAUUUUCACUUGUGCACAUUGUGACAAGUCAUUCUGCUGGGUAGCCCAUUUGAAAGAUCACAAAAAAGUGCAUAGUUCGCAAGAACGUUAUAAAUGUUCAGCGUGUGAUAAAUCUUUCGCGGAAGGUACUGCAAGAAGAAAACACGAGCGAAGAGCUCACGAUGGAGUUCGCAAUGUGACUUGUGGGUAUUGUGACCAACCAUUCUCUCUGGAGUCUGUGUUAUCCCAUAUUCGCUCCAACCAUCCUGAAAGACUGACCAGCGGAAGACCGAAAUCACAUAAAUGCAAUACAUGCGGCAAAUCGUAUUAUCGCGCAUACCAUUUGAGAGAUCAUGAAAAAGUGCAUAGCCUAGAGAGAUCGUAUAAAUGUUCGCAAUGUGAUAAAUGUUACAAGGAUCAUAAUAGCUUGAGGAAACAUAAGCGAAAUGUUCACGCAGGAUGUUACGCUAAACUUUGUGCAUAUUGUGGUAGAGGAUAUGAUACGAAAGAUCGACUAGCAUCUCAUAUCCGCAAUGUGCAUUUUAAUGCGCCACUCUCAUGCGCCACUCAACCAAAUCAACACAAGUCAUUCGGCUCGUCAGACGAUUUGAAAGUUUACAAACUGCUGCAGCUGCAGAGCUUGGAAAGAAUUUAUAAAUGUUCUCAUUGUGAUAAAAUUUACUCGAGUCGUGAUGCUAGAAGAAAACACGAGCGAAUGAUUCACGAAGGAGUUCGUUACUUGCAUUACACUUGCGCGCAUUGUGAUAAAUCAUUUCAUCGCAAAGCUAAUCUGGAGAGCCAUAUUUGGUGCAUCCAUUCUGUCAAACUGUCCAUGGAAAGAUCGAAAUCACAUAAAUGUAAUACGUGCGGCAAAUCAUUUUAUCGCGCAAGCCACUUGAGAGAUCAUCAAGCAGUGCAUAGAUCAGAGAGACCGUAUAAAUGUCCGCAAUGUAAUAAAUGUUACAAGGAUUCUAAUACCUUGAGGAAACACCUGCGAACUGUUCAUAGAGAAUGUUCUGCUUUAAUUUGUGCAUAUUGUGUCAAAGGAUAUGAUACGAAAGAUCAACUAGCAUCUCAUAUCCGCAAUGUGCAUUUUAAUGCGCCACUCUCCGGCACCGCUCAACCAAUUGAACAGAAGUCAUUCCGCUCGUCAGUCGAUUUGAAAGUUUACAAACAGCCGGAGAGCUUGGAAAUAAGUUAUAAAUGUUUUCUUUGUGAUAGAACUUACUCCAGUAUUAAUUCUAGAAGAAAACACGAGCGAAUAUUUCACAAUCGAGCUCGUGUAUACCCCUGUGCGCGAUGUAACGAGUCAUUCGCUGACAAGAAUGAUCUGACGCUUCAUAUUCAGUCUAACCAUUCUGAACAAAGAACGAAAUCGCAUAAAUGCAAAACAUGCGGCAAAUCAUUCAAUAGUAAAUCCCAUUUGACAAGACAUCAAGCAGUGCACAACUCACAGAAUGCGUAUAAAUGUUCUCACUGCGAUCAAUGUUUCAAGGACGCCUCUCGCUUAAAAAAACACGAACAAAUAGUUCAUCAAGGACAAUAUCCUUACAUUUGCGCAUAUUGUGGUAAAGGAUAUAAUAGGAAAGAUCGAAUAACAUCUCAUAUUCGCGAAGUGCAUUUUAAUGCGCCACUCGCAAGCAUCACUCAACUGAAUAAACAGAAGUCAUCCUCAAGUUCUAAACGUAACGAGUCAUCUCGCUCGUCAGUCGAUUUGAAAGCUCACAAACAAGUGCAAAGCUCAAAAGAACGUUUCAAAUGUUCACAUUGUGAUAAAACUUACUCGACUGUUAAACAUAAAAGGCACCAUGAGCGAAUAGUUCACGAAGGAGUUCGCUAUUACACUUGCGCGCAUUGUGAUAAAUCAUUAGCUCGCAAAAAUCAUCUGACCAGCCACAUUAUCAACCAACAUUUUCCCGAACUCAAACCCAAAAACAAACGAUACCCGUUCAGGUGCAUCACGUGUGGCAAAUCAUAUUCCUAUAAGAGUGAUUUUGAUGCACAUCUCCUAACGCACAGCUCACUGAAACCGUUCAAAUGUUCACGCUGUGAUUCAUAUUUCAAAAGUACUUAUAACAGAAGCCUACACGAACGAUUUAUUCAUGAUGGAUAUUCGCGUUACACUUGCGUGCAUUGUGGCCAUGGAGCAAAUGACAAAGGUAAACUAUUAUACCAUUUACGUGUAAUCCAUGGGUCUUGAUGCGUGCGAAGUUUUCAGACUGUUAUUUUUAGUUGAAAUUGUUUUUAUUUUUCAAAUCGCGUAUAAGUAUUAAUGAUGGGAUUAUUGAUGAACUGCGUGUUAUUUUAUUAACAGUUAGGUAUUAUUUGUUCGUUGUUUUAUAUAAUUUUAUGUUUUUUUAUAUUUUUGUAUUAUUUCUCUUGGUACCUAAGUACCCUACAUAUUUCUUGUCUGAUGUACGUACAAGCGACUUGUUUUAAUUAAAUAAAUGUUCGAUUAUUA